AUGUAUGUAAUUAAUACAAUCCCAUUUAAAUAUCUUGAUUUGAUUGAUCUUCAAAUCAAUCAUUUUUAUUAUUCAAUCUUAAUGUCCUAUCCUGUGAAAAACUCAGAUAUUGAAGGCCAGCACAUUCUUUUUCAAGUUACGCCUGUUCAACUAAGCAAACUUCGGGUUUUAUUGGCUGUUGUGUUCUCAAUUUGUUCUGCUUUUGUUUUCGCCUUAGCUCUGAGAUAUUCCAGAAAAUUUUACAAUGCCUUUCUCUUUACUCAAUGUCAGGAAGAAUCAGUCGCAACUCAUUACUAAAUAGAAACAGUUUAAGGUGAAUAAUUUGUGUGUGCCAAAAAAUUUAUCGACAAUAAACCAUAUUUCCUCUUCAGAAUGCUUAAGUACAGAUUUAAUGAAUAAUCGAAAAGUUACGAGCCCAUUGAAUUUGAUGCAAAAGAAAAAGUUAUCUCUGAAAUUGUAUAAUCAAGAAAUACACUUUCUAGAGACCUUAAAAAUUAAUAUUUUGGAACAUGUUAACUUAAGAUCCCAAUAGAAUCUAUAUUCAUCUAUUCUUUGCAUGCAUUUACAGGUCCAUUCAAUAUUUUAUAAUAUUUUGCUGUUGCAAUAUGGUUUGCAGAGAAAACAGUACUUCAACCUGUCCUGAUCUUGAUUUUCACGGUUUUAACAGUCUAUUUGAAUUACUUUUUGUAUGUUAGAUCAAGAAGAAGAUUAUAAUAAUUGGCUAAUAUACAUUAAGAAGUAUCAAUUAAAGAAAAUGAUUAAAUUAAAGUGAUUAAUGGAGCUGAUCUUUUACCUGGUGAUUUACUCAUCCUUAAAGAUAAUCAAACAUUAAAUUGUGAUUGUGCUAUCAUUUAAGGUGAUGUUAUUGUUAAUGAAGCCACUUUAACUGGUGAAGGUAUUCCUAUUCCUAAAUCUGCAUUACCUAAUCAAAAUUCUCUUUUUGAACUUGAAAAAAUGUCUUAACAUUGUUUAUUUGAAGGAACUAAAUUAAUUUAAGUUAACAAUGCUUAGCAAAAUAUAGCCAUUGUACUAAGAACUGGUUUCACAUCCCUUAGAGGUUAAUAUUUUAGAAAUGUACUAUUUCCUGAAUCUCCAUCAAUGAGAUUUUACAUCCAAGCUGCUAAAUUCAUUCUUGAAAUAGCAUUUAUUAUUGCAGUUGUAUAUGGAUUCCUAUUGAUUGAAUACAUUCCAAUGGAAUUCAAAUCAAGUCUUUUAGUAUUGAGAUUCUUGGAUAAUAUAGUUUGGUCAAUUCCACCAUCAAUGCCUAUUUUCUUCUAAAUUUGCAAGACUGCAAGUUUGGUUAGACUUGAAGCUAAAGGAGUUAUUGGAAAUAAUGCUGAUAAAGUAGAAUCAGCUGGUAGAAUUGAUACUUGUUGUUUUGAUAAAACAGGAACUCUUACUACUUUAGGAUUUAAGGCAAUUAAAGCAUUUCCAGAAGAAGAAAAACCUAUUUUAGAUGCUAUUAUGGGUUGUUGUCAUCAUUUAAUUAAAAUAAAUGGUUAAUUAUUAGGAGAUCCAUUAGAAAUUGAAAUGCUUAAUUUUGUAGGUUGGCAAUGUAACUUCAAUAAUAAUCCAUUAACAAUUGAUGGAAAUGGAAAAACCUAUAUUAUUCAUAAGAUAUUUGACUUUAGUUCAUCAAAAUCAAUGAUGAGUGUUAUUGUAACAGAUGGAUCUAAAUACUAUUUAUAUGCAAAAGGUUCUCCUGAAUCAAUUAAUUCAAUAUCAAUCAAGAAAAGAGAUGAUUUAAUUGAGGAAUUCAAUUUGAAUGCUAUUAAAGGUUAUAGAGUCCUAGGAUUAGCUUACAAAGAAUUAUAAUCAAAUUAGAUUGAUUAAUAAAGAGAGUAAUUAGAAUCAUAAUUGAACUUUGUUGGUCUGUUAGUUAUGGAGAACCCAUUAAAAUCAGAUACAAAUGAAAUCAUUACAACUUUAAAAGAAUCAGGAUUAGAUAUUAAAGUAAUAUCAGGAGAUAAUCCUUUGACAACUAUUUAAUGUGGAAAGUUAGCUGGUAUUAUUAAUUCAGAUAAUGAAAUUACAUUUUUAGAUUAUAAUUAAUAAAAUUAAGAAAUUAUACUUUAAUAUUAAUAACCAAAUAGUAUUUAAGAAUUAGAAUCAUUUAUAUAGACUCAAUAAGAAUUAGCUUUAACUGGCAAAUUUUUAGAAUUUAUGACAAAUAAAGGCAAUUUCUUAGUAGAGCCUAAGAAUUCAGCAAAUACUGUUGGUAAAUCUUAAAGCAAGGAAAAGAUAUUUACUGAAAUUAAUCAAAUUGAUAUUGACGACGGAUCUUUUGGACAAUUGACUAUCUCUAUUAUUAAGAAAACUAAGGUAUUUGCUCGUUAAAAACCUGAAUAAAAGAAAUUAAUUAUUCAAAUAAUUCAAAGUUUUGGAAGAUAAGUAUUAAUGUGUGGAGAUGGUGCUAAUGAUUGUUCAGCUAUCUCAUAAGCUUAAGUUGGAAUUUCAUUUAGUGAAGCUGAUGCCUCAUAUACUGCUCCUUUCAGUAGUAAAUCUACUUCAUUAGAUUGUGUUGUUAAAGUACUAUUAUAAGGCAAAGCAGCUACCAUGACUAUUAUUGAAGUCUUUUAAUAUUAAAUCAGUGUUAAUACAUUGAAAUUUGUAGCUGUACUCUUUACCUUUUUAGAAGCAGAAACCUUUGCAGAUUUUCAAUUUACUUAUACAAGCAUUAUAUCAAAUAUUCCCUUAUUAAUAUUUUUAUGUUUAUCUGGUCCUUGUGAUACAUUAGCUAAAUAUAAUCCAUUAGAUGAUUAAUUUGCUAUUUAUAAUCCAAAUUUAAAUAUUUAAUAAUUUUAAAUUUGGGGAGUAGCAGGAUUGAUUGUCAAUUAUUUCAUUUCAACAGCAGUUAGAGAUGUUCAUACAUGUGAAAUAGAUGAACCAAUUGAUAAUUGUAUUCCAAAACCAAUAGAAGAAUUAAAAAAAUCUGGAGAUAUUUAAUCAGUAAUGUUUAUGAGUUUGAUGUUCUUCUUUAUGACAUUUGCAAUCAACUUAUACAUUUCCAAUCCUUUCAAAUAAAGAUACUAUAGAAACUACCUAUUACUUUUAUGGACAAUAUUAGGUUUUAUUCUAUUCUUUGUUUCUGCUAUCUUUCCAAAAGGAGGAAAAUGGGCUAAAUUGAUUAAUGUCAAUGAUAAUGCAUUCAAAGGGUAUAAUUGGAUCAUGAUAGCUGUUGUUGUAAUAGCCGCCUUGUUAGGGUUUAUUACUUAAGCUAUUUUACAAAAAUAUCUUCCUUCAAAAAAGAAAAUUGAAUUUUGA